UUCUUCCCAUUCUCUUCUGCAGCCGCCAUACUUGACGACCCAAUGGAGUGCAGCCGGGGUGAGCGAUUGGCCAUCACUCUGGCGAAGGACAGCAUCAACCGGUCCAGUAACCGCUCCACAACGGGAAAGCUGGAGGUGGACAUCUUUGAGCUGCUGAGAGACAGUGAAUAUGAGAUGGGAGAGACCAUGUGCCAGAUCCUGUCCAAAGGAGUGGUGGCAGUCCUGGGUCCCUCCGCCAGCCCUGCUUCCAAUUCCAUCAUCAGCAAUAUCUGUGGAGAGAAAGAGGUGAGUUCCCUAUUGUGAAAAGUGGCCCCCGAGGACAUUCUGAAGGUUCAAGUUCCCCGCUUCACCGCUGACCUGCGACCCACCAACCACAGACAUCAAGCCUGGACCGUGGCCUGGCCUGCUCACCUUUUUCACAGCACCACAGCCUGCCUUAUCUGUGCCACAGCGCAGUGCUUAUUAAAUCUGGAGAGACUGUUACGCCAGUUCCUCAUCUCCAAGGAGACACUAUCGGUUCGCAUGCUGGAUGACAGCCAGGAUCCCACACCCCUUCUCAAGGAGAUUCGCGAUGACAAGACUGCCACCAUCAUUGUGGACGCUAACGCAACAAUGUCCCACAUCAUUUUGGAAAGGGCGUCGGAGCUGGGCAUGCUGUCCGUCUACUACACCUACAUCUUCACCUCGCUGGAAUUCUCUCUGCUGCGAUUGGAUGACGUGCCCAGUGAGCGRGUGAACAUUCUGGGCUUUUCCGUCUUCAACCGAACACAUCCCUUCUUCCAGGAUUUCCUCCUCAGCCUCAACCGUUCCUGGCAGGAAAACUGUGGACCACCCCCCCUCGCGGCGCCUCAGCUCUCGUCGGCGCUGCUGUUUGACGCAGUGCACGCGGUGGUGGCGGCGGUCCAGGAGCUCAACCGUAGCCAGAACGUGGGCGCCACGCAGCUCUCCUGCAAGUCCUCCAAGAUCUGGGAGCAUGGCACCAGCCUCAUGAACUACCUGAGGAUGGUAGAAUUGGAAGGACUAACGGGCCACAUUGAAUUCAACAGCAAAGGCCAGCGGUCCAACUAUGCCCUGCGGAUCAUGCAGAACAGUAGAGACGGCCUAAGGCAGAUUGGCCAGUGGCACUCAGAGCAGGGCCUGUCCAUGGAGAGGAAGCUUCCAUCAAUCAACGUGACAGACACUCUCUUCAACACCACCCUCACCAUCACCACUAUCCUGGAGAACCCUUACGUGAUGCUGCGACCGAACCACCAGGAGAUGGAAGGGAACGAGCGCUAUGAGGGCUUCUGUGUGGACAUGCUGAAGGAGCUGGCGGACGUCUUGAAGUUCAAGUACCAUAUCAAUCUGGUGGGGGACGGGGUGUACGGGGUAUCGGGGACCAACGGUACCUGGACGGGCAUGGUGGGAGAGCUCAUCUCCAGGAAAGCGGACCUUGCCGUAGCGGGGCUCACCAUCACCGCAGAGAGGGAGAAGGUCAUCGAUUUCUCCAAGCCUUUUAUGACCCUUGGAAUCAGCAUCAUGUACCGUGUGCACUUGCACCCUUUCUCUCCCGGGGUGUGGCUCUUCAUGCUGCUAGCCUACCUGGCAGUCAGCUGUGUGCUCUUUCUGGUCGCCAGACUCACCCCCUACGAGUGGUACAAUCCCCACCCCUGCCUGAAGGGGCGCUGUAACCUCCUCAUCAACCAAUACUCGCUAGGCAACAGCUUCUGGUUCCCCGUGGGGGGGUUCAUGCAGCAGGGGUCCACCAUUGCGCCCCGCGCCCUCUCCACGCGCUGCGUCAGUGGAAACUCGCGCUACCAGACGUACCAGCGCAUGUGGAACUUCAUGCACUCCAAGCAGCCCAGCGUGUUUGUGAAGAGCACGGAGGAGGGCAUCGCCCGCGUGGUCAACUCCAACUAUGCCUACCUGCUAGAGAGCACCAUGAACGAGUACUACCGGCAGCGCAACUGUAACCUCACCCAGAUAGGAGGUCUGCUGGACACCAAGGGCUACGGCAUCGGCAUGCCAGUGGGGUCAGUGUACCGGGAUGAGUUUGACCUUGCCAUCCUCAAGCUGCAAGAAGACAACCGUCUAGAGAUCUUGAAGAGGAAAUGGUGGGAUGGUGGCAAGUGUCCAAAGGAGGAGGAUCAACGUGCCAAAGGGCUAGGCAUGGAAAACAUAGCCGGUAUCUUCGUGGUGCUGGUGUGUGGUCUCCUGGGUGCC